CCUCCUUUAGGGUUCCUCUCUCCGAACACUUCUCCGGCCGGCGGGUCACCCUAUGUCCAUGCUCAGAGCUAUAGCUGGUGGAUAUACAAGAAUGCUCCGUACCCGCAUACGAGUUGGUGACGCUGCUCCAAUGGCCUAUACCAAUAGGGAUGGCCACAUUUAUAUUUCAAAUACAUUACAAGAAAGAGAGAGAGAAGAGAAAGGGAGUGAGCGAGAGAGAAGAGAAAGUUGUAGGUGAGAGAGCUUGAAUCAGAAAUUUUCUAAGGAGAGAGGGAGAUGGGUAGUAACCAUGAAUUUGUUCGGUCCUAUGGAGAACGGUCGCAGCCAAGCUUCUUCAAAGUUGUUAAAAAUAUUGACACCUCUUCAGAAAACAUGAGAGCAAUUCCUCACGACUUUGCAAGAAGCUUCCCUGACGAUGAGCUCCUGGGUACGAUGAAGAUAACAGUGCCUUGGGGAAGCACUUGGGAAGUUAAAAUAUCGAAAAACCCGAGAUUCUACUUCAUGGAGAAGUCCGGAUGGGAGAAGUUUGUGAGGGACAAUGCCUUGGGAAGAAAUGAGUUUCUUUGCUUCACUCACAAAGAAGAGAUGGACUUUAGUGUGAACAUCAUGAAGCAAACUGGCAAGGAGAUGGUUCAACCUCCAAAACCCAGAGACUUCUUGGCUUCUUCGAGCCGUGUUAAAACAGAACAAGGUGUCAAGACUGAAGAGGUGGUGGUGUCUUCUGAGUUGAGUGCUCGUGUCCCAAGAACAGCAGCUGGAUCUAGUGGAGGCGGCAGGUACAAAAGGAAACUCAACUUUGAGGAGAAGAAAGCUGAGGAGCCCCAUAAUACCAAGAGGACUGAGAGAGCGUUUAGCAUCCGCAGAGAUCAUGCAGGCGCAUCUUCGUCUUCUGUUGCAGGAUUCGAGAUCGUUAUCUCAAAAACAUACCUCAUAUCCCUGGCGCUCCCGAGAUCUGCUGCAAAUGUUUAUAUGCCGAGAGUGAAAUCAAUGGUCAAGAUCCAUCAUCCAGAUGGGAAGAAGUCAUGGAGUGUGGUGUAUUUGGUAACGAGGAGGGGUCACCUUUUCUCUGGUGGAUGGAGAGGUUUGUGUAAGGAGUAUCCUGUUGCUUUUGGGGACACUUGCAAAUUCACGCUCAUCAAACCACUCGAGCUGCUUCUUGUUGUCACAAAGCCCUAAGAGAGGAGUGGGACUCACUGAUGAUGAUGGAUGUGAGAGUGUCUUGGAGGGGAAGCAACUGAGUAAACUACUUUAUGUUUAAUGGUGGUGUGUUAUGUAAUGACUUUUAGUUCUCUGUUUUAGUUUGGUAUCUGAACAACUAUCCUGCUUGUCUGUUUCAUAUGUUUGGGACCAGUUUUUAAUAUGUUUGUUGUUUCCAUGAGACCUUAA